UGGGGUAGGGUGGGUUUUGGGGAAAGCCCGGUAUGGACACACCCUUGCUGUGGCGAGCGGUGGCACCGGGAAAGGAGCCGUGGUGAGGAUGGAGCUGCAGCUCGGGAUCCUGCCGUGCCCUCAGCACCGGGGACGGGACAUCCCCAGGGGCCCUGCAGGUCCCCCCGCGCCGGGGCAGCCCAGGCCGCUCCACGGGAUCACAGCCGGGAGCUCGGGGGGCGGGGAUGUCCUGGGACCUGUCCUGCGGUUUGGGGACAGCGGGGCAGGAUGAGGGGCAGGGAUGAGCCGGCGGCCCCCGGCAGGUCCCGAGGCUGGGGGCGGCGGUGGCAUCCCUGCAAUGCGCUUGGCAUCGGCUGCCCCGGCUGGCGCUCGCUGUGUCCAUGUGAUCCGGGGCUUGCUCUGUGCAGCCGCCGGGACGGGGACGGCGAGGGAGCCAGAAGGUCGAGCCAGCGGCCCCGGCACAGCGGCCCCAGCCCCGAGCAGGGUUCCCCGGCACCGGCUGAAGCCCCAGGCCGCCCCCCUGCCACCAUGCCCCGCGGGAAGAGGGAGCCGGUCCUGCUGUCCCCCGCCGAGCUGCCCGGCGCCCCGGGCGAGUGUCCCCGCGCGGGUGGGGACGGCCGGCGGUCCGCCGAGGAGGAGGAGGAGGAGGAGGAGGACGGACACCUCCCGGGGCUGCCCCGAGACGACCUCACCAAGAGCAUGUCGAGCUCCUCCGUGUCCUCCUACCACUCCGCCCUAUGCUCGGACGGCACGGAGACCUUCAAGGACUGCCUGGAGUUCCUGGACGAGGAGGGAUCGCCCGGCCGCGCUGCCCCGGGGCGUUGGGCUCCGGCGGGGGCCCCUGGCGUGCCCCCACCGCCCGGCCCCCUCGCCCGCCCGCAGCGGGCUCAGCUGUCCAGCGCGGCUAAGAAUAGCCCAGCGCAGGGCCAGGGGGGCAGGAUGGGUCCCCUCGGAGGGGACCGGCAGCCCGUGCCGGCCGCGGCCGCUGGCGGAGAGCCGGCCGUGCCCCGGCAGCCCGGGGCGAUGCUCGCCGGUGCUCCCAGCGACUCGGACGAGGUGGACGGCGAGGUGCAGGCGCUGACGGCCAGGGCUUUCCGCAGCCUCUCGGGGCUCCCCGGAGCUCGCCUCGACAUGUGCAGCUCCCACACCUCCUCCAGCCUCUCCAACUCGCUGUCGGAGGACGGCGGGCGGCCGCGGCGGUGGCCGGCGGGUGCCGGGGAGCCCCGGGGCGCGGCGACAGCUCUGCACGGCAGGGUGGGCUGGCCUUUCCCCGCCGGCGUGGACGGGGAGCUGUUGGGCAAGGAGCAGUUCGAGUGCGUGGACGUGGAGCUGGAGAGCGGAGAGGCCAGGAAGGGCCACGGCAAGAAGAGGACGGUGCCCAAGCGCCAGAUCCUGCUGAAGAGGAAGGAGAGGAAGGAGACGGGCUUUGGUCCCCGGGGGAAUGGCCCAGCGCCCCAGCCCCCUGCCAGGAAGGAGCCCCCCAGCAAGGGCAGAGCCGCCGGCGAGGACUUCAGGCUCAACUACCAGCAGUUCAUGAAGGCAGCGUCCCUGGACGCCGGCACCGACAGGACCAGGGCGGCCUCGAGCCUGGUGAAAAACGUCCUGGCCAAGAAGAUGCAGUUCGAGCAGCGGAUCAAGAUGGAGCAGAAGGGGCUGCGGGGCAGCUCGACAUCCUCGGGGCCGUCCUCUGCCGGCACUGACCUGCUGGGGGAUGGUCUGGAGGGCAAGUCCAGCUCGCUGUCCCGCUCCGACUGCAGCUUCUCGGCCGAGGACCUGCGGGCCGGCGGGAUGCCGGUGGCCACGGCGGCCGUGGGGAACACCUCCACCGCCACCCAUCCCACCAAGGGCGUGGUGCUCAGCGAGGCGACCAGGGAGACCGUCUGCAACCUGAGGAAGACGUUCAACGAGCUCAACCAGAGGAUGAAGUACCAGGAGGUGCUGGAGGGCCGCUGGCUGCCCGCGGCCGCAGAGGAGCACACGUCGGAGAGGAUCUGCUACCAGCGAGCCCGCGCCUUGUUCGAAGCCCAGCCUGGGGUGGGGAAGGUGCUGGACAUCGCCCCGCGGUUUGCGAGGGCGCCGAGGCCGUGGCCCAGCUUGAAGGAGAGAGCCAUCGGCCCCAUCCACUCCCAAACGCUGCCCUUCAAGGCCGAGAGCCGGGCGCUCCCCGCCACCCAGCCGCGCCGCCCCUUCCCCUCCUCCCGGGCGCAGGAGGCGAGGACGCUGCCGCAGAGCCAGCCGGAGAAGCCACCAGCCGCGCCCCGCCGGCCGCCCAGCCCCGGCAUCCCGGCACGCCGGGGGUCCCCGCCAGCCGCGCCCCCCAAGCCAGAAGAGAAGGGGAAGGGGCGCGUCCCGCAGCCCCGGGACGUGCGCAAGCUGGUGAAGAGCAGCUACAGCCUCAAGUUCGGGACUGCCGGCGCCUCCCGCGGCACCGCGGCACCGGCGAGCAGCGGGGAGCCGCCCGCGGCCACCCCUCUGGUCAUCCACUGCACCUCGGUCCGCCGGGAGCCGGCGGGCGAGGAGGCGCCGGCAGCCCCGGCGUGUGCCGAGGGGCCCGCAAAGCCCCCCGGCAGCCGGCCCGCGCCCUCCCACAGCUCCCCCAUCAACAUCACGAGGGUCCAGGCCACGCGGAGGGGCGCGGCCCCCACGGAGGAGCCGCCGGCAUCGCCCCCGCGCCGGGAGCGGAGCGAGCUCCGGGUGCCGCCGCGGGCGCCGGGGCCCGAGCGGGUGCCGCACGUGGAGAGCCACCUGCACGUCCUGCUGGGGCGGCCGGCGCCAGCGGCCAGCGAGAGCCCCCCGGCUCGGAGCAGCGCCGUGCUGCGGGCGGAGAAGACCGUGCUCCUGCCUCCGCCACCGGCCAGCCCCGCGGCGGGGCAGGAGGUGCGCGGCCGUGGUGGCACCAGAGCGCUCCACGCUGCCGAGGGGCCGCAGUCGCUGCGGCAGCGGCACAGCAGCGGUGACAGCCGGGACCCCCGAGCCGCAGCCCCGGGCGGCAGCAGCGCCCUGCGGAGCCCGCAGCCUGCGGAGCCGGCGGCGAGGAGCGCGGCAGAGCCCCGGGCCAGCGAGCAGGAGCAGCCCGGCGGCCGGCGGGUGUCGGUGGGCAGUGGGGACUCUGCCGGUGGCACCGGCCCCGCCGCCCCGCUCCGAGCCGGGGACAGCAGCGAAGGCUCCCCUGGGCGGCUGCCGGAGCAGAGGGAGGCCUGGGAGCACCCACCGCACCGGCUGGCGGCUACAGAGCCCCACCCGCCUGCUGCCCCGGCAGAGAACUCCAGCUACUUGGCAAUCCCCGAGAGAGCCCCCAAAUCCACGCUGAUGCCAAAGCUACCCUCGGUCCCCAACCCAGGCCCAUCCUUUGGGACCCCCUUUGUCCUCAGUUUGUCCAGCGCCUCUUCUGGGGCUCCCUCAGCCCCCAACCCAGCCAGUGCAUCCUUUGGGAACUCCAUGGUCACCAACGUGACCAGCUCAUCCUUUGGCUUCCCAUCAGCCUCCAGCCUGGCCAGCACAUCAUUUGGGACCCCCUUGGUUUCCAACUCCAACAAGUCUUUUGGGCCCCCCCUGCUCCCAAACCUGUGUAGCACAUCCUUUGGGAACCCCUUGGUCCCCAAUCCAUCCAGUGCAUCCUUUGGGAACCCCUUGGUCCCCAAUCCAUCCAGCGUGUCCUUUGGGAACCCCUUGGUCCCCAAUCCAUCCAGCGUGUCCUUUGGGUCCCCAGUGGUUCCCAAUCCAUCCAGUGCAUCCUUUGCGAACCCCUUGGUUCCCAAUCCAUCCAGUGCAUCCUUUGGGAACCCCUUGGUUCCCAAUCCAUCCAGUGCAUCCUUUGGGUCCCCUUUGGUCCCCAAUCCAUCCAGUGCAUCCUUUGUGUCCCCUUUGGUCCUCAAUCCAUCCAGUGCAUCUUUUGGGAACCCCUUGGUCCCCAAUCCAUCCAGUGCAUCUUUUGGGAACCCCUUGGUCCCCAAUCCAUCCAGUGCAUCUUUUGGGAACCCUUUGAUUCCCAAUCCAUCCAGCGUGUCCUUUGGGUCCCCAAUGGUCCCCAAUCCAUCCAGCAUGUCCUUUGGGUCCCCAGUGGUUCCCAAUCCAUCCAGUGCAUCCUUUGGGAACCCCCUGAUCCCCAACCCAGGCAGCUCAUCCUUUGGAUCCCCCUUGGUCAGCAACCCAGUCCCCACUUCCCUUGGGCAUCCAUCAGUCUCCAACGUGGCCGGCUCUUUCUUUGGAUCCCCUUUUGUCCCCAGCCCAGCCAGUGCUCCGCUGGGAACUGGUGCCUAUCCCCUUCCUGGUGGGGAAGUGCCCUGGAGCAAGCCCAGCCCUGAGCCCCCCCUGCCCCGACCCCCAGAGAGUGCGGCUGCUGCGGAGCCCCCAGCCCAGCCCCACCUGGAGGAUGCUCCUCCUUUCCUCAGCAGGACCGAUGGGCCCUCGCCGAGUGGGAGGAGCAGGCAAAGCCCCCCCAAGCCCUUCUCCGCCCCCGUGCCCGCCCAGCGGAGGAUGCUCGUGGAUCCCAGCAGCGGGAAGUGCUACUACAUGGAGCCGCCGCGGCAGCCCCAGAUGAAAACGCUCUACGACCCCGAGACCGGGCAGUACCUGGAGGUGCUGGUCCCACCGGUGGCAUCACACACCGGGCUCUACCAGGCACCUUUCAACCCCCUGGUCAUGUCCCCGGGGGUCUAUGGCCCACCCUACGCACCCUACGGCGGCUUCCCGGGGCUCCCGGCACCGCCGCCCUCCGCCCCCUCGCCGCCGCACCCCUCGCUGCCGGCUGCCGACAACCCCGGCACCCCCGGCUCUGCUCCCAAAGGCGAGGGGCCGUCCCCUGCCGGGGGUCCCGACUGCGGCUACCUGGAGAGCCUGUACUACAUCCCCACGGGGAUGCGGGCCAGCCCCGGCCCCGAGCAGCCCCCGGCCCGCGCCAGCCCCGCUGCGCCCGAGAGGUCGCUGCUCCGGAUGUGACGGGAGGGACCCGCGGGGAUGUCCCUUCCCACGGCCGGGCUUAGCCCGAAGUCAGCAUCACCCCGGGAUGAGACCUCUGCCCACGGCUGAGCUGGCAAAGCACCGAGGGGUAGCGGGCACUGGCUGGACUUCACUGGCUCUUAUGGAAACGGGGACAAAAAGGGGAUUUUCCGGUGGGAGCACCUGGCAGCCCCUAGGGGGACAUGGAGGUGUGGGCCAGCAAAGGGAACACACAGGUCCUGCUUCCCCCUGUCCUGCCAGUCCCAUCCCAAGGAUCACCCGGGCUGCUUUGCACAGGGAGGUGAUGGCCUGGCCACCCCCAGCCCC